CCGCUUCCAACGUGGUCAUCGAUCGAUAACUUUACCAGCCACGCCAAACAUGGGUACGUAUUCAUCACCUUGCAUCCAUUUCUGCAUAUGCAUGAAUGACCUGUUGCUUUCUCUGUCUGCCUCUUUUUUUUCCGCUUGUACAUAAUGCUUCCUUUACAUAGCUUCAUACCGAAUCCUUUUCUCCAAUAGCUGUAUUGCAUCUGUUUGGCCCGCGCAUUGCAGGACACACCUUUGCAUUACUUUGACUCGUUCUUCCGAGCACCUAUCCAGCCACGCAGUCCUUUCUCCGUUCCCUAGCCGCUUCGACAUACUCCUCGAUGGCCACUAUUACAAGUUAUUGUGCAAAUUCCAAGUGACUGGAAAUCUCCCGCGCAAAAGCCGGUAGCGGCUUGUUCUGCCGCCGGGAUGGCUACCUCUAUGAAUCCGGUCGAUCUGUACCAUGACCCCGCGCUCGAUGGCCUGAUCUAUCAAAACAAGACCCGGGCGAAGAAUAACGGUGCGAGCCGUCGAAGUAGUGUUGGACACAAUGGGCGACCAGGAUCCGAAGUAUUCGAGGCAGAAGAUCUGCCACCACCUGCGCCGGAGGUUCCUCGAGGGCCGCCAAUCUCUUAUCGGGGAGCCCAUGCUCAAGGCAAUGGCAACAUGCAGAGAUCAUUCUCACAAAGAGCUAGGGGCAGACCAUAUCAUAGAGAAGCAUUUGCGGACAUGGAGGACGAUGACCCGGAGGAGCCCACCAACGAGAAGCGGCGCGCGAUAGCAGAUACCGAUCAGCCCCGGAGGAUUUCACCACCAAAGCCUCGUCAGCCAAGCCCUGCAGAUAUUGAGGACGACUCUAUGGAAGACUUCCCAAUUCCGAAGUCGCGCACAGUAUCGGGAGCUGACCAGAAGACAAUCUCACCACCAAAACCUCGCAAGCCAGUUCCCACGGAUGGUCUGCGCAUUAACACCACUGAUCUGAGUGGCGCAAAGCCCGCAACACUGCCACGAAGAGAUGUUCAGUCAGCUCGCGAACCGGGCGCAGGUCAUGCCAGAGUCGAAUCCAACACUCGCCGCGUGUCCGAGACGCCUCGACGGACCGAGGAGCCAGUUUCAGCUGUGAGCAGAUCCAGUGCAUUCCGCGAGGAUGCGCAACACCGAGACUGGGCUCCUGAUAGAUCUCCUCUGCAAAAGUUGGAGGUCACGCUAAAUGACAUCAGCAAAGAGGAGAAGCGCGCGAGGGUACAGGAAGCCGAGAUGCUAUUGAGGGAACGCAAUGCGGCCAGGACCGCGUCCGGUAAGGUUGAGUCACCUCAAACGGCACAAUCUAGUCGAAAGACUACGUCCUCGAUGAAAAGGCCGGCAGCCGAUGCUGAGCGAACGAUCGAACAGGAGGUGCCCAUUUUGGAAGAUUCAGGCCUGGUUCGAAACCUUAGUACAACUCACCGACAACGUCUGCAGCAUAGCACCACUGUGGACAAUCACCGCCCUGAUGUACGUGCUCUGUCCGGUGAAGGCGCGCAAGGGUUUGAAUACACAAGAUCUGCUCCGCAGCAAGCUGAGAUUACAAGCCAGCCUCGCCGCACAAGUUCGAAGUAUCGGCGAGACGAUCUUGGAAUCGAUGAUUUCGCAGGCUAUGCACGCAGGAAAUCCGCCAGCAAGAAUGUGGAUCCGGGAGUUUUGCGACCCAGACAAUAUCCUGAACCUGUAUCUAGGAAUGGGGAGCUGCCGCCACCCGAUGCCUUAUCGAGCCAACGCCCAGCUCAAGUCUCUGGGGCGCAGCCCAGACGUGAUCCUCCUCGACGAGCAUUGGCGGAACGGCAGAAUGCAUCUCAUAAAGCUGCAUUGGAGCAGCUCACAGGCGCCCCUGCAUCUGAUGACUUGAUGAGAGCAGAUUCUCGCAAGCUUCAGAAGGCUCCUCCACCGCCUGCCGAAUCACGUGCUGUUACAAAUCCAAGCCGGAUACCCAUACCGAGUGCACCAGCUCCCACUCGUGCUGAAAGAACUGACAACACCGACCAGAAUCCCAGCCGCCGUCCUGCAGUUGCGCCUGACAAUCAGCGCCCGCUGCAUACUCCUCCUGUUCAAAGGGGCUCGACUCUUCAAUCCUCACCGAACCCUAGCAGUCCCCGCUCACCUCUUACAAAAGUCGCCGAUGUGAUAAAUCAAAGGCAAAGAAAGUCAAGCGUCUCAUUCAAGGAGCCCUUAAACAGGCGUCCGGUAAAUGAGUGGAAAGAAGCUGGAACGGCGAGAUUGACCAAGGCCGAUUACUCUACCGAGAAUGCCGCGCAAUCGGACAGAGGCAAGGCUUGGUGGGAACAAAAUGCCGGUUCUUCUGGCCGACGUCAAAGCAGAUCGACGAUAACAUCCAGUAAUUUCGGAUCAGGGCCACCCAUUGACAACAAGAAUGCGACAUUUCAGCCCAGACUGUUCUUACGGUGUGGCCCGUUGUUGCGAUAUACAGGAAUGAAGAAGGCUAGGACCGAGAAGGGUGAAGAACGUGCGAUUUGGCGGGGAAGCGUGCUCAUCGUAACCCAAGAUUCACAUUCAUCCUACGAAACUCCACCAACCUUGCGGUUGUUUUCUCAGCCCAAAAAGCUGCGCCCUCCGCCGCCACAUGAGAUUGCAGGGGACGAGCUUAGCCCCGAAUAUGUUGACCCUAUUGCCGGUUUGGCCAAGCUUUCAAGGACUGGGAAGGCGUUGUACGUGCGCCCGAUUGACCACAUUGAAGAAGGCAGAGAUCUUUCCCAGAUCGAGAAUGAUGAUGGACUCUUCGAGAGCUCACCCAGUCCGACAGAUCUGAACGGUUCACAAAGCGCGAAGAACAAGGCUGUCGAUCGUGAUGGUGAGCAACUGGGACGUUAUGCGGAAGUGGCAGGAGCAAGACUCUAUGCGGAUCCCGAUCGUGACGUGACCUUCUGGCGUUUCAACCUCGAAAUCGAAUUGGCGGAAGAGGAGGAACAUAUCGCAUACCGAAUCAACCGGGGCGCCUCCAUGGGCUUCUGGGUGCCAGGUCGUGGACAGACUAUGAACAUGAUGUUUCACAGCUGCAAUGGCUUCAGCUUAUCAGCGAAUCCACAUAGCUUCUGCGGCCCUGACCCUAUGUGGAGAGAUGUGCUGAACACCCACCAAACCCGCCCCUUCCAUGUCAUGAUUGGUGGCGGCGAUCAAAUCUACAACGACCGUGUCAUGCUUGAAACGCAGCACUUCGGAGAAUGGAGCAGGAUGCGCAACCCACAACACAAACACCACGCUCCUUUCACCAACGAGAUGAAGGAGGAGCUCGAAACCUUCUAUCUCAAUAGAUAUACCAUGUGGUUCUCCCAGGGAUUGUUUUCAAUGGCUGCUAGCCAGAUUCCAAUGGUCAAUAUCUGGGAUGACCAUGAUAUCAUCGACGGCUUUGGAUCAUAUCCUCACCAUUUCAUGGAAACUCCAGUGUUUUCAGGUCUCGGGAACGUCGCUUUCAAGUAUUACAUGCUCUUUCAACACCAGAGUGUUCCGGAAGAGACCAGUACUGAUGAGCCCAGCUGGCUGCUAGGCAGAGAACCCGGUCCGUACAUCAAGCAACGCAGCAGAAGUGUGUUUGUGCACAUGGGCAAGCAUGUCGCAUUCCUCGGUCUAGACUGCCGCACAGAACGAAUGCACGGAGAAGUCCUUAGUGUUGACACUGUCGAAAUUGUCCUCGAGCGAUGCCGCAAAGAGUUGAAUGAAGGUGAAACAAAACACCUGAUUGUUCUUCUAGGCAUUCCGCUUGCCUACCCACGCUUAGUCUGGCUGGAAAACGUGUUGACUAGUCGUCUCAUGGAUCCUGUCAAGGCUAUGGGCAGAAUCGGAUUGUUAGGCAGCGGGUUUAACAAUAAGUUUGACGGCGGCGUCGAAAUUCUGGAUGACCUAGAUGACCACUGGACUUCAAGAAAUCACAAACACGAGCGCAAUGAUUUGGUCAAAGACUUACAAGAUCUAGCUGCUGAGAAAUCAUGUCGUAUCACAGUACUGAGUGGAGAUGUCAAUCUUGCUGCCAUCGGCCAGUUUCACUCGAAUCCCAAGCUGAAAAUACCAAAGGACAAAGAUCACCGCUACAUGCCGAACAUCAUAUCUUCUGCAAUUGUCAACACUCCACCCUCGGAUAUGUUGGCCGAUGUUUUGAAUAGACGCAACAAGACUCAUCAUCUGGAUAUGUACACGGAUGAGGAUAUGAUACCCAUGUUCACGCACGACGUCAAUAACAAGACACGAAACAACAAGCACUUGCUCCCGAGACGUAACUGGUGUUCUCUCCGGGAGUAUACACCUGGAUCCACUCCCACAUCUUCACCUACGGAAAGCCCUGCAAUGUCUGAAGCUGAAGACGAUGACGAGGAGCAACAAACUCCACCACCCCGGCCCCGUCGAUUCUCUUUCACCAAAGACGAUGUCAAUCCUCGCAAGCUCUUUCGAAGGCUGAGUUCACGUGGUGCACCUCCAACCUCCUAUCGUGACACUAUGUACGAUCAAGGACGUCCUGCAUCCCACGACGGCACAAGUGAGGACACGGGACGUGUUUUCCCAUUGAGAAGGAACAAAUCUGGAUAUGGAAGACCUUCUAGUGAUUCUGAGGUCGGACCCGGUCGACGCGCUUCUUCAUAUGACCACAAUUCGUCAGGGGUGCCGAUUCGGCCUAAUACUUUCAAGCGUCGGCCAACAAAUUUCUCCGAAAAGGCUGCGAAGAAAGGCAAUAUCCCUGCCAUUGACGCCGAAGGCAAUGAGAUUGACGUGAACGACCACAUCAACCUAGAAGGAGGACUGGACGUUGUCCUUAACGUCGAAGUCAAUCAGAGAGAUCCGGCUGGAAUCACGAUCCCUUACCGGCUGCUCAUUCCUGCCCUCUUCUAUGAUGGUAGCUCUGACCGCGAAAAGCUCCAAGAGCCAGCGGGCGUGCAAAGAAAGCCAACCCUCCUCGGCCGAUUUAGCAUCGGCGGUAGGCCGAGCCAUAAAGCUGCACAAAGUCCUCAGGGCAAUUGGGGCCAGGAGCAAAGCGACGACGAGAGUUACAGCGAAGGUGAAGCAUAUCCAACAAAAGCACCUACACCACGACGACGUUUCAGUCUCUUUGGCAGUCGGAAGAAGAAGAAGGAAGAGUACCUUAGCGACGAGGAGUCAGACCACGACGUCCAGCCUCGCUCAGCUGGUCCGGUGCUGCAAGCGCAGCCACAAACUUGGCAACAGCAGCAGCAGCGACAAGAACAACAACAGGAGCAGCAGCAGCAACAGCGACCACAACAACAGCAACAACAGACACCACCGCAGGCCUAUCGCCCGCCGCCGCAGCAAGCAGCUCAAACCAGCCAUGAUGCUUUAUACGACACUGAGCGUCGCCCACCAGCAAAUCACAGUCUAGAACCAGCGAAGCACCCAAGCACCCGCCGCUCUCUGACCAUAUCGUCAUCUAAUCCUCGACCCGCCUCGUCGGUCGCGCCCAGGGUCGCCAGCGACUCUUAUUCUACUCAGAACACGCCUUCACCAAACCAGAGGCCUGGGUAUGCGUUGUUUCCGGACACAAGCGGACCAGGCAAUAAUCCACCACGCCGCCGUCUCAGCAAACAGGAGCGCGUUCUUGGAAUCUCUUCGAACGACCCACAGCCGCUGUCGCAGCCGGAGUCGCACAAGUUGAGAGGCAACGGCAUCAUUGGCAAGGAUUACUCUCCCAAUGACAAGCAACAACAACAACAACAACAGUAUCAGUAUGGCAAUGACGAAAAUCAAGAAUACUCGGGGGCUGAAGCCUACAAGGCCUCAAAGCCGAGGCGGACAUCCAGCCUUAAGAAGGCGAAGGAUUGGUUGGAUGGUCGUGGCAGGGAUGACGUCGAUUGAUCUAUUACUCGUAUGCGUCGAUGAACAGCAGAUUGCUUUCUGGAUACUUCUUUUUUAGGGCAAAAUCUUCAUACGUAGAGCUCAGUUGGCUAUGGAGCAUUGUAUCUUCCAAGUUCUCCUCAUCUUGGCUGGAAGGACCUCAAGCGGGCUAAGACCCUGGAAUCGGGACAUACCUAGGUACUUAGUGUACAGUGAGCGUAGCCUGCGAGCCUGUUUCGAAAAAGGGCACAUUUUGACCGCUGUAGCUGGUCAGGUUCAAGUAGAUACCAUUCUUAUUGUCAUCCCGGAGUCCUUUAGACACAACGAUAUAGCGUUUUGCCUU